AUGGCGGAUUUGAAGUUAUGUCUAGAUUCAAUCCCACGACCGACAAUAAUUUAUUGUCUCCGAAAAGUAAAUCCUCAAGUAUACGUUGAAGAACCAAGACGCCUACCGGCGCCAUUUACAAUAACCUUUUACAAACCACCCAAUAAUUACAGCCAAAGCCAUACUGUGCAAUAUUUUGAAAAACCCAAUCAAUGGAAAGUGCGUCAACGACCACAAUAUGAAGCAGAACCAAAAUCAACACCUCUAUGCAAAUGGUACAGACGAAGGAAGGCCUUGAAAGAAUUGAUAGCAGAACAUAAGAAAGAAGAAGAGUUAUUAAAAAAUAAGAGAAGAGAGGAGUAUGAAAAAGAACGUAUGAAGGAAUUAAUGGAAUGGGAAAGAGAACGGGAGAAAGGAAGAUCUCUGUCAACCGAUAGCGGAAGAUUUAAAUGGCGAAGACAUCGAAGAAGCUCGUCUGUACCACCUGCGAAAAAAGAAAAGUUGUAUAUCAAAGAACGAUCUGCCAGUGUAAAACCCCGCGCACAAUCCAAAACGGUUGCGGUUAAACGC